GCCCGACAUCCUUGCCUGUGUCUCUUUGCUGCUCGGCUGCCCAAGCCGGCCGGCCUGGGGGGGGGCGGGCGGGACUGGCUGGGAAGCCGCGAUCCCUCCCGCUUGGCCGGCUGCCCGGGUCUCCAGAACAUCCCUGCUGCAGCCUGCGUCCCAGAGCGGGUCCUCUUUCGCCUGCAAAGCGGCGGGAGGCGGCUGGUUCUCCCAAGCCGAUGCUUACAGAGGCGGCGGCGGCGGCGAGAGCGCCCGUGGUGCUGAAAAAACAGCGCCUUUCGCUUUGGUGCUGAACGGACAGCUCCUGCCCUCAGCCUCCUCUGGGCUGGCUUUGCCUCUGCGCUGCUCUCCGACCCCCCGCUGAAGGAGAGCGGAGGAAAGGCGUGGGGGGAGCUGCCCAGUUUCCUCCCCCCCACCCCGAUCUGCAGGCAGGUGCUUCUGCCUUAGAUGCGGCUGCAGCUCCGAGAGCACCGGCUACCAUGCCUUGAUGCCCAACCACCCCAGCGGCUUCCAUGGCGGUGGCAAGGAAAAUCAAAACUUUGUUGACGGUGAACAUCUUGGUCUUCGUGGGGAUCAUCCUCUUCUCGGUCUACUGCAGGAUCCAGGACCGGUCCCAGGAGCUGGUGCAGAUCGUCCGGAGCGCCGACCGACGGAUGCGGAGCAAGAGCGCCAAGGUGGGCGCCCUCCUGGACCGGGAGUCCAUCCUGCAGCGGCUGGAUCACUUGGAGGAAGUUGUGUACAACCAACUCAAUGGUCUAGCCAAGCCCAUGGGACUAGUUGAAGGCCCUGGAGGUUUGGGCCAAGGCGGAAUGGCAGCUACCCUGAGAGAUGACAGCCACGAAUCCGAAACCAAGUAUGAAGACUAUGGUUAUAACGCCCAGCUAAGUGAUAGGAUUUCACUGGACAGGUCGAUUCCUGACUACAGGCCCAAAAAGUGCAAACCAAUGUCCUAUCCUGAGGACCUGCCCCAGAUCUCAGUGGUCUUCAUUUUUGUAAAUGAAGCUCUGUCUGUCAUCUUGCGCUCGGUGCACAGCGUUGUGAAUCACACACCAUCCCACUUGCUGAAGGAGAUCAUUUUGGUGGACGACAACAGCGACAAUGUGGAGCUGAAGUUUAAUUUGGACCAGUAUGUCCAUAAGAGAUACCCAGGACUGGUGAAAAUAGUUCGCAAUAACAAACGGGAAGGAUUGAUCCGAGCCCGAAUCCAAGGUUGGAAAGCAGCAACGUCUCCGGUUGUGGGGUUUUUUGAUGCUCAUGUUGAAUUCAACACAGGCUGGGUGGAGCCGGCUCUGACACGGAUCAAAGAGGACAGGAAAAGGAUUAUUCUCCCAGCUAUUGAUAACAUCAAGUACAACACAUUUGAAGUGCAGCAGUAUGCCAAUGCAGCCCAUGGUUACAACUGGGGACUCUGGUGCAUGUACAUAAUCCCACCUCAGGACUGGCUGGACAAGGGGGAUGAGUCAGCACCCAUCAGGACACCAGCCAUGAUUGGCUGUUCAUUUGUGGUAGACAGAGAAUACUUUGGUGAGAUCGGCUUGCUUGAUCCUGGAAUGGAGGUCUACGGAGGAGAAAACAUUGAGCUCGGCAUGAGGGUCUGGCAGUGCGGAGGAAGCAUGGAGGUGCUGCCUUGCUCUCGAGUGGCCCACAUUGAGCGCACCAAGAAACCAUACAACAACGACAUUGACUACUACGCAAAACGCAACGCCCUACGGGCCGCCGAGGUCUGGAUGGAUGACUUCAAGUCUCACGUUUACAUGGCGUGGAACAUACCCAUGACAAACCCCGGAGUUGACUUUGGAGACGUUUCUGAAAGAAUCGCUCUGCGGCAGCGGCUUCAGUGCCGGAGUUUUAAGUGGUACUUAGAACAUGUCUACCCAGAAAUGAGGAUUUACAAUAAUACAAUCACUUACGGAGAGGUACGGAACAGCAAAGCCAGCGGCUACUGCUUGGACCAAGGAGCAGAGGAGGACGACAAAGCCAUUCUCUACCCAUGCCAUGGAAUGUCCUCCCAGCUUGUUCGUUACAGCUCCGAAGGGCUCCUGCAGCUCGGCCCUCUGGGAUCGACAGCAUUCCUUCCUGACUCCAAGUGUCUCAUUGAUGAUGGGAAAGGAAGGACACCCACUCUGAAGAAAUGUGAAGAUACACUGAGGCCAGCCCAGAGGCUGUGGGAUUUCACACAGAAUGGCCCAAUCAUCAGCCGAGACACUGGCCGGUGUCUAGAAGUAGAAAUGUCCAAGGACGCCAAUUUUGGCCUCCGACUAGUGGUGCAAAGAUGCUCGGGACAAAAAUGGAUGAUCAGAAAUUGGAUAAAACAUGGCCGACAUUGAUUCCAAGCUGGGAAGACUUCUGGAGUCCUUUGAUCAAUAUGUGGGUGCCGUUCCAAGAGAUUCAGGUUAACGAGGGCUACUCUGAUGAGAAGCUAGCAGGAGAGGAUGAUAGCAGGAGAAGAUGACCAGGGCUAUGAAAUAUUGGGCACUCAUUUUUUUUUUAACAGAAAUGGUGGAGACUGGCACCCCAUCUAAGGUCACUGAUGUGGUGAGCCUGUGUCUGGAGUGUGCCACUUUAAGCUGGACAUGGUGGCUCAGAUGAACCUACACUCCUCUACAAAUACAAUCCUCGCACAAGGAGAACUAGCAGGUCAUGGAGAUGGGUAGGCUAGACCCUCGACUCCCUAACAUCUAGUUUUCUACAUGCAGGGAGAUUUUUGUAACGAUGAGCCUUCAGUCAUGUGAGUCUGCACCUGCAUUCUGAAGUAGUACAGCCCGGACACAGGUUUACCACUUCUGUGAGAACGGAGCCUAUUUUAUCUUCAUAUCAUUGAGUGCUCCCGGAAGACUGUGCCCUUUUGGAACUCUUGAGGUGAUCAAGACUUUGAGACUUUGCUUCCGCUCUCCCACAGGAAAUGGGGGAGCAGCCAUAUUUGGGAUGGGUUGGCAGGACAGAAGGGUCUUUUGCCUCACUGAAGGAGGUCUGGUGGUGGAAGGAUUUGUUAGCUUUAAAUUGCUGACUGAUGCACAACUCCAAUGGUGAACAGAACCGUGUGCCUUUUCUACUGUACUUCCUAUCCAAGCGAAUUGGGAGAUCCCGUUUCUCCAGCAUGUCUGACUAACUGUUCCAAACGACAGCGACAACAAUACCCUGUAAAUAAAUUACACUGCAAAAUCUACUACAUGAU